CGCUAAACUGCGAUUCAACACCUCGACUGCUCCAUCUACGCCAAACGGAUGCGAUAAUUUGUCUGUCUUUCCCAGCUGUAAGAUAGACCUGGAUCGCAAAUAUGGCUGUUGGAAAGAACAAGCGUCUGUCGAAGGGCAAGAAGGGUCUUAAGAAGAGAGUCCAGGACCCUUUCUCCAGAAAAGAUGAAUACCUGGUCAAGGCUCCCUCCACCUUCGCGGUCCGAGAUGUUGGAAAGACGAUUGUGAACCGAACCACCGGUCUCAAGAACGCCAACGACUCCCUCAAGGGCCGUAUCUUCGAGGUCUCCCUCGCUGAUUUGCAGAACGACCAGGCCCACUCAUUCCGCAAGAUCAAGCUACGCGUGGAUGAAGUUCAAGGAAAGAACUGCUUGACCAACUUCCACGGCAUGGACUUCACAUCAGACAAGCUCCGAUCUCUCGUCCGCAAGUGGCAGUCCUUGAUCGAGGCCAACGUCACCGUCAAGACCACCGAUGACUACCUCGUCCGCCUCUUCGCUAUCGCCUUCACCAAGAGACGAUCGUUCCAGGUCAAGAAGACCACCUAUGCCCGCUCCUCCCAGAUCCGUGCCAUCCGCAAGAAGAUGGUCGAGAUCAUCCAGCGUGAGGCUUCUAGCCGCACCCUCACCCAGCUUACGAAGCUCGUCCCUGAAGUUAUUGGCCGUGAAAUCGAGAAGGCCACCCGUGGCAUCUACCCUCUUCAGAAUGUUCAUAUCCGCAAGGUCAAGUUGUUGAAACAACCCAAGUUCGAUCUUGGUGGUCUUUUGGCUCUCCACGGUGAGGCCAGCACCGAUGACAAGGGCCAGAAGGUUGAGAGGGAGUUCACGGAGCAGGUUCUGGAGAGCGUCUAAUUUUAACGAUGGGUCUGAUGAGAUAAGGUCUUCCUCUGUACGGUCUGGGUAUUCUCGAUGGCCUCGAUUUUAACUACGGAAUUAUAUUCGAAAUGAAAAGGCGUCGUUGUCCUCUUUGAUUAUCUUAUCAUAAGCAUCCCUCCACGCUUUUCUCAGAAAGAAUACCGGCACGAACCAUGUAUUUUUCUCAACGGAAAUAGGCCAGUUGCGAAAGUCAGGUAGUGUUAUGAUAAA